AGCAGGGGAGGGGUUUGGCAGGAGGCAGAGCCGAGGAAGGGAUAAAAGGAAGAUGAGACUUAGCAGCACCAGGCGCCUGGGACAAGAGCAGCCUCUGGCGGGAGCAGCCGGGGCAGGGGGCCAGGAUGAGCGAGCUGUACAGCAAGGCGGAGACCCUGACGCUGAGGAGGAAGCACAUCGGACCAUCAUGCAAAGUUUUCUUUGCUAAGGACCCUAUCAAGAUAGUGCGAGCUCAGGGGCAGUACAUGUAUGAUGAGAGAGGAGAAAAAUACCUAGAUUGCAUCAACAACGUUGCACAUGUUGGUCACAGCCAUCCAGAUGUGAUCAAGGCUGCAGUGAAACAGAUGGAAUUGCUCAACACUAAUUCCCGCUUCCUGCAUGACAAUCUGGUCCAGUAUGCUAAGCGCCUCACAGCUACCCUGCCAGAGAAACUCUCCGUUUGUUAUUUUGUUAACUCUGGAUCUGAAGCCAAUGACCUUGCCUUAAGAUUGGCUCGGCAAUAUCACGGAUACCAAGAUGUGAUCACCCUUGACCAUGCUUACCAUGGUCAUGUUUCUUCUCUGAUUGACAUUAGUCCAUAUAAAUUUAAUCAACUGGGGAAGGAAGGCAAGAAAGAAUUUGUUCAUGUGGCUCCUUCUCCAGAUAUCUACAGAGGAAAAUACAGGGAUGAUCAUCCAGAUCCAGCAAGUGCUUAUGCAGAUGAUGUGAAAAAGAUUAUUGAAGAAGUUGAGAAGAAGGGGGGCAAGAUUGCGGCCUUUAUUGCUGAAUCCAUGCAGAGUUGCGGAGGCCAAAUAAUUCCACCUGCAGGCUACUUCCAGAAAGUGGCAGAAUAUGUGCAUAAGGCAGGUGGCAUCUUCAUAGCAGAUGAAGUCCAGGUUGGUUUUGGUCGAGUUGGGAAACAUUUUUGGGCUUUCCAGCUACAAGGCAAAGACUUUGUACCUGACAUUGUCACCAUGGGAAAGCCAAUUGGCAAUGGCCAUCCAAUGUCUUGCGUGGUUACAACAAGAGAGAUUGCUGAAGCCUUCGGUGCCUCUGGAUUGGAGUAUUUCAACACGUUUGGAGGCAAUCCAGUGUCCUGUGCUAUUGGCCUGGCUGUACUUGAUGUAAUUGAAAAAGAAGAUCUCCAAGGAAAUGCCGUACGAGUAGGGAAAUAUCUAACAGAGCUGCUGAACAAACAAAAAGAAAAACAUCCCUUAGUAGGAGAUGUUCGGGGUGUUGGUUUGUUUGUUGGAGUCGAUCUGGUAAAGGAUCAGCAAAAGAGAACACCUGCCACAGCUGAAGCCCAGCAUAUCAUCUACAAGUUGAAAGAACAGCGGAUCCUUCUGAGUGCAGAUGGACCCUACAGAAACAUUCUGAAAUUUAAACCACCCAUGUGCUUCACUGUGGAAGAUGCAAAGUUUGUAGUGGACCAAAUUGAUGAACUCCUGACAGCUUUGGAAGAAGCAACUGGAGUCAGGGCAGGAAAUGAAAGAUCUACAUCUGCACAACAUAUAAGAAAAAUGACUAACGAAGGGAAUUCCGAGUCAGACUGUAUUAGUGAAAGCAUCAACCAUAUCAACGGAACUGCCUGCAGACAAAAAAAUGACUUGUACACUGAUAACUGUGCAAUGCCAUGCAAAAGGAUCAGAACAUGAAAGGAGUUUUCUUUAGACCAGUCUAUAUAAAGAAAAAAAAAAAGGAUGAGAGUAUGUGUGCAAGUAUGAUACUGAUUAUUCAGGGUCCAAUCCUGCCUUCCUUACAAGAGCAAGACUCCAUUGAGUUUUACUGGCAGUCCUUUUCACCUACACAAGGACUGCAGGAUCAGGCCUUUAAUUUAACCAGAGACAUUUGUGCUAAAUGAAGUUCUGAUUUUUAAGCUUUCUUAAGUCAUAUUUAGGCCUGGUAUAAACAGAUGCAACUCCACUGAAAUGCAUGGAUUUGCUCUUGUUUACAUAAGGGCUGAAUUUGGCACCUUUGUGCUUAAUAAGUAUGAAAUCAUAGCAUCAAUCCUACCAAAUCCUUGUUGGAUAUGCAUUACACAUUUUACUGUAUUUGAAAUUUCAGUAUGCAUUACUGAGAUGUUAAUUACUUUCCAUGUUCUAAUGGAUCAGUUUACAACACAAAGCUUGAGAGACAAUUCACACUGGAAGAUGUAGGGCCUACAGACCAGGUCCUUGGCUGAUAUAAAUUGGCAUAGCUGUAAUGGAGAAAAGAGCUUUGCCAAAUUUAUAACCACUAAGAAUUGAGGUGCGUGAAUAUAAUUAUAUAAACUCAACAUGUCUGUUAAAAUUCUCACUUAGUAUUUAGAGAUGAAACAGAGUUUAGAUCAUAGUUUUUUUACAUAGAAAGUGACUAUAAUUUAUUAAACUUUUAAUCUUGGGUAAGUGGCAAUCUUCCCAGUAAAAAUGACUGUAAAGAGAAUCUGUUUAAGACAAAAGGCAUCUUUCUGUGAACAACAAGUGCAGGAAGAUUUUAAAAAUCAAUUGCUUUAGACUUAGGCUAGGAUGAAAAUGAGAUUUCCAGGGGUAGUCCUGAUGUGUAGUCUUAUCAUUUUAACCAUUUGUUGUAUUAGUUUAGUACAAAAUUUGGUCUGAUCCUUUGAAGAGCAGAAUGCCAUCUACUUCCAGGGAAGAUACUCAACAAACAUUGAGGGUGCCCUGCAACUGGCAGGAUUGGGAACUCGUACAUAGAACAUUUGUUCCCUUUUAGCAAUGUGAGUUCCCCGGAAUAGAGCAUGACACACAGAAUAAACAGAUCAGGCUCUAUUCUUACUGAAGCCCUUCCUACAUGGGUAUGUGUGGGAGGAGAAUCCAGAGGAGCUCAGUUCACUUCCCUAAUUCACCUCAGCUUAAGCACUUUGGACUUGUUGCACAGCUAGAGGCAGAAAAACAUGGACCUUGCAUUGCACAGUGCAAGUGUUAAAGUUGGGUCAGGGCUCUUAACUGCCACAAUUUUAAUGCAUGUGCAAGUGGGCUUUAUGGAAUUAAUUGAGGACUUUUAAAAUGACGUAUUUACUUUAACAAAGAAUAUGGCUUUCCAAUUUUCAUUUACUGAGUCUUGCUGCUUUAUCUUUGCUGUAAAUGACUUAUCAUUAAUUGCAUGUGAAGCCUAAAUCUAACAGGUGCUGCUAUUUCUAGUCAGUCUUAUCUAGUUUUAUGCCUUCAACCAUUAUGUUAUAUUGGUAUUUUCUGUAUGAACUCUUCUGGUAACAUCAAGCCAGCUUGUUAUCCGCUCAGUGGUCUCUGGUUAUUUCAAACAUUGAAAUAUUUUUAACCAUAAAGACUUUCUGCACUCUG